GCUUCUGGCAAGCAUCCUUUUUUAAAUUCUCAGUCAUUCCUUUGUACUAGCUUCAGUCAUUCCUUUACUUAUCUUCAACCAUCAUGUUCCUGCAGAACUAUUCUCGUUUUUUAGUGGGCUUGAUGGGAUGCAUGGCCAUCGUCCAGCAAGGGUACAGCGCAUGCAUCCCUUCAGCCUCUGAAACCAGCGCGUCGAAAGGAAAUAUCAUGAUCCCCUGGUACACGUACCCAGCCGGGGGAGCCUGGACAUCUAUGGAACAAUUGAUCAGCUCCAACCCAGACGUCCAGUUCACCAUCAUCAUCAAUCCUGAUAAUGGUUCUGGCUCUACCGCCCUGCCGGACGAGAACUUCCUGGCCGCAGUUCCCAGACUCACAGCCUACAGCAACGCGUUGGUGAUUGGAUAUGUUCGUACUGGCAAGGGAACCCGCGAUAUCUCGGAGGUCAAAAAGGAAAUCAACACGUAUGAGAAAUGGCCCUCCGCCAGCGGAAAUCCCUCCUUCGCAGUGCACGGCAUCUUCCUGGACGAGGCACCCUCGGAGUAUGAUGCCGCGGCAGUCGAGUAUUACCAGGAACUGGCCUCGCUCAUCCAAGGAAGCAAGGGACUUGGUGCGAGGAAUUAUAUCGUGAUGAAUCCCGGAACUGUUCCUGAUGCCGCCUACCUCGGGAUCCCUGACACUACCGUCAUCUUCGAGUCGCCGUACAGCGAGUUUGUGCGAGCCCUUUCGGCCAAUGAGUUCCAGAGCAUCAAGGGCCAGGACAUCAGUCGCUUUGCGUCCAUGGUCUACGAUGUUCCUGCCAACGUGGAUCUCGAGAACUUGCUGUCUCAGCUGCGUGCCAUUUCCAGCCAGACCUACCUCAGCAAUUUAAACACCUACCAGGCUUUCGAUUCGGUCUGGACCAAGGUGGUCUCUCUCCUGCCUGCCUAAGAUUACUGUUCUGGAAUGCUCUUCUUGACAUGCCCUGGCGAUUGUCAUUCACUCAUUGCUCUUGCGGGUUUUUGAUGCGAUUUUUCCUUUUGAGACAUUACUGGAAUGGUUGGCACGAUGUCAUGAACGAAAUGAGUUUUGCCCUCUGUCCCUCGACAUGAAACGAAACGGCUAUGGACGUACUGAAUUUUGUGACACCCACAACAGGCGUUCAAUAAAAUAUGAUUCAAUAGCACUACUGCACGCGCAGGAUGUAGCAGCUAAGACAAGAGAAAACCAUAGACAAAGACUAG